CUUGACGAUUGAUUUAUGACUGUGGUCUCCAAACUGUUGGAAAACUACAACUCCCAGCAUGCCUGGACAGCCAAAAGAUUGUCAGCCCAUCCAGGGACUAAAGAGCGCUGCCAUGCUAUUACUCACAAUUGCACCUCUGAGUCAGAAUUUGCCUCCAGUCUCGAUAUGUCGGAGCUCCAUAUAUGUGUCCAGCUGGCAGAUCAGCCUCUCUCUCCCAAAUCCAUUGUCCACCUCCCUGCACAUUCCACUGGUGAUGGGGACUCCUCUUGUGGCCACCGAGUAUCCGUUGUCAAGCAGCUGAUCACUGCCACAUUACCAGAGUCACUACCUGACCCAGAGCUAAUAGAUCUGGUGCACUGUGGUCGACGCCUCAGGGAUGAUCAGACUCUGGAGUUCUAUGGAGUGCAGUCAGGGAGCACUGUCCACAUUCUGCGCAGAGCGUGGCCAGAGCCCCCACCUCGGUCUGAACCUGUAGAUAAAAUUGCUGCUAGUCGUGAAUUCCGGGCUCUUCAUACAGCUCUUCAUACUAGCUCUUCCUACCGGGAUGCAGUGUUCAAGCUGCUUGGCAACCGUGAGUCCUUGGAGCAGAUUGUUGUAGCAACUCCUGGCCUUAGUUCUGAUCCUGUAGCCAUGGGGGUUUUGCAGGAUAAAGAUCUGUUCACAGUGUUUACUGAUCCCAGCAUGUUGGACACACUAGUGUCCUCCCACCCAGCCCUUGUAAAUGCCAUAAUACUAAUCCUACAUUCAGUGACUGGAAGUUCUUCGCUACCUCCAACAGAUGGCGCUGCUCACACAGUUCCUCCUGCAACCCUACAUAUGCCAGGUGGAUUCCUUUUUGAUGGUCUGUCAGAUGAAGAGGAUGAGUAUCCACAGACUUCUCGCUCAGGAUCCUCCAGCAGCACAUCUGGUCCCCGACCAGCUUCUCUCGGAUAUACUGGAGCUUCGGGUCCUCGUCCUAUCACUCAAAGUGAACUAGCUACAGCUCUAGCUCUUGCAAGUACCCCAGAGAGCAGCUCUCACACACCAACACCUGGAACACAGGGUCAUUCUUCAGGAACAUCCCCCAUGUCUUCUAGCGUCCAGUCGGGAACACCAAUCACGAAUGACUUGUUCAGCCAAGCUUUGCAACAUGCAUUGCAAGCUUCCAGCCAAACAACACAACAGAACCAGUGGCAGCCUCAGCUACAACAAUUGCGGGAUAUGGGCAUCCGUGAUGAAGAACUCAGUUUGCGGGCAUUACAGGCCACUGGAGGAGACAUUCAGGCUGCUCUGGAACUUAUCUUUGCUGGGGGGGCUUUGUAAUAGAUUUUUACUCUGUAUUGGCAUGGCAGUAUUGUGUCAUCUUAAUUCUUCACUGACUACAACUGUUGUACAGGGAUAACAUUUAUUGAAAAUGAUCAACUUGUUUUGUAGACCCAGAGGCAUAUUUAUUGCAUCACAUGAAUACAGUUUUUUUUGCCAUAACAUUACUUAUUUGCAUGUAUAUAUCAAUAUUGUGUUACAUAAAAAACAUUAAACUGUUUUUCUUUGAAAUAGAUUGCU